CAGAGCACCCCAACCUCAGGAGCACAGAGGGACCCUCAAAACCCGGCUCUGGACCCAGCAUCCUACCCACCGCGUACAGGCCGGAAGGUGUUUCUAAAACUUCUACGUGACCCUACGGCAUCCGAGCCACCCCCAUGUCCAGAGAGCGCCUCCGAAAGCCGCUCUCCCAGCACUCACAGCUCUGAAGCUCAGAGUGCGCCCUGGAUCUCUGUGACCCGUGCCUUCUCCCAAAGGUACCCUCUGAGGCAUCCCCGACUCAAGGGCUCCCCCAGAGCUUCAAGACUCAACACCUUCUGAGUCCGGCACCCCAAGACCAGAGAACUUCCUAGAGAUGCUGCUCCUCACACCCACAGGCUCGAUUUCCCGCUUCCGUGGUGGGGCACAGGCUGGGGGCCCGCGGCGCCGGGCAGCGAGGCAGCCGAGACUGCUGCGCGGCACCCGCGCCGGCCACACAGUCCUGCCGGUUGCGCGCGCUCCUCCCCACCCAGUUCCCGCUGCGCGCACCCGCCGCGUCCGAGGCCCAGACAUUGGUGGUGCGAUGGGCAUCCUAGAACGUUUAAAUGCUGGAGAGGUUGUGAUUGGAGAUGGAGGGUUUGUCUUUGCCCUGGAGAAGAGGGGCUACGUAAAGGCAGGACCCUGGACCCCGGAAGCUGCUGUGGAGCACCCUGAGGCAGUUCGCCAGCUUCAUCGAGAGUUUCUUAGAGCUGGAUCGAAUGUGAUGCAGACCUUCACCUUCUAUGCCAGUGAAGACAAGCUGGAGAACAGGGGAAACUAUGUCUUGGAGAAAAUAUCCGGGCAGAAAGUCAAUGAAGCAGCUUGCGACAUUGCCCAGCAAGUGGCUAAUGAGGGAGACGCUUUGGUUGCAGGAGGUGUGAGUCAGACACCUUCUUACCUCAGCUGCAAGAGUGAAACUGAGGUUAAAAAAAUCUUUCGGCAGCAGUUAGAGGUCUUUAUGAAGAAGAAUGUGGACUUCCUGAUUGCAGAGUAUUUUGAACAUGUUGAAGAAGCUGUGUGGGCAGUGGAAGCCUUGAAAACUUCUGGCAAACCCGUGGCGGCCACCAUGUGCAUUGGCCCUGAAGGAGAUCUGCACGGCGUGCCCCCUGGCGAGUGUGCAGUGCGCCUGGUGAAAGCAGGCGCCUCCAUCGUCGGUGUGAACUGCCACUUUGACCCCACAAUGAGCUUACAGACAGUGAAGCUCAUGAAAGAGGGCUUGGAGGCCGCCCACCUGAAAGCUCACCUGAUGAGCCAGCCCUUGGCCUACCACACUCCCGACUGCAGCAAACAGGGCUUUAUCGAUCUCCCAGAAUUCCCCUUUGGACUGGAGCCCAGAGUUGCAACCAGAUGGGAUAUUCAAAAAUAUGCCAGAGAGGCCUACAACCUGGGGGUCAGGUACAUUGGUGGGUGCUGUGGAUUUGAGCCCUACCACAUCAGGGCGAUUGCAGAGGAGCUGGCCCCAGAAAGGGGAUUUUUGCCACCAGCAUCAGAAAAACAUGGCAGUUGGGGAAGUGGUUUGGACAUGCACACCAAACCCUGGAUUAGAGCAAGGGCCAGGAAGGAAUACUGGCAGAAUCUUCGGAUCGCCUCAGGCAGGCCAUACAACCCCUCACUGUCAAAGCCAGAUGCCUGGGGUGUGACCAAAGGAACGGCUGAGUUGAUGCAGCAGAAGGAAGCCACCAGUGAGCAGCAGCUGAGAGAGCUCUUUGAAAAACAAAAAUUCAAAUCUGCACAGUAGUCACAAUGCAAUUAUUUUUGGUGAAUUCUUCUGUGUUUGGGCCACAGUGCGUACAAAUAAGGAAAAAAUGGUUAAAAAGCAAUGCUUGUGUUAACGCCAGCCUACGCAUAUAAUUGGUAUCAGCUGAACGAAGUAGAAUUACAAAUAGCACUUGACAGUUCUAAAAGUAUGUUUUAGAAGUUUACUUAGAAGCAAAAAAAGAAGGAAUUUCAAACAGGUUUCCUAAGCACCCACUGUGUUUAAGAUAUUAUAGAAAUCUUUGUAGCAAAGGAAACGUAAUUCAGUUGGGCAUGGUUGCACACGCCUGUGAUCCUGACUCAGAGGCUGAGGCAGGAGGAUCACAAGUUUCAGGCCAGGUUCAACAAUUUCAUGAGACCCUAUUUCAAAAUAAAAAAUAAAAAGGCCUGGGGACGUUACUCAGUGGCUUUGUGCCCCUGGAUUCAAUCCCCAGCACCACACACACACACACACACACACACACACACACACACACAAAAGUGUAGGGAAAGUAUUUCAGACUUGAAUCUCACUUCAAGAAAUUGAUAGGUUUACAAGGAGGAUGAGAUACGAACUGUCAUAUACAACACAGCGAUCAGUCCAGAACAGAUAAAGCACUAUGAAAAGUGACUUCCAAGCUCAUUUAAACAUGACACCUCAUAAGAAAUACCAUUUAUUUAAUGACCCAACAUGUAACGUACAACCAGGGAGUAAAAUGUGUGAUCCACUCUGAUAAUCUCUAUUCUUUUCCUUUCCAUCCUACUUAAUAAAACCUGCUGGUUGUGACCCUUCAAAUUGAUUUUUAUGACCCACUAAUGGGUUUUGACCCAGUUUGAAAAGCAGUACUGUGGACUCUUUGAUUAUGCAGACCAUAAGUUUAUUCUUAUAAGAAAAUUAGUCCUAUGGAACUGAUUAUUAAGUAUCUAAAGCUUAAAGUCCUUUCCUGAGAGUUGCAGGGUUUUCUCUAUUUCCCAGAUCAUGCCCACCACUAAGACAGAUGGGAGGAGGGAGAAGGGAUUGGCACAUAGGCAGUUUUCAUCCUGCUUAAAACUUCCUACUCAAAUGCCUCCAGUCAGGUUGAGGAGCCUUGGGCUUGUGUUACUUCAGUAGCUUAAAAAAAGUAUAAGAAAACAUCUUGCACAUACUAGCCAGGAUUCAUUCCUAGGUUGAGAAUUGUGAUGUUACUUGAUAAGUUGUUAUCGACUUUCCUGUAAGAGCUCAGGUGUGAAGGUACAGGACUAUUCAAAUAAACAUGGAUAGCCUUUACUGUAGGAGGAAAGAGUUCAUGCUGCUUCCUAAACAUUCUUGGAUUGGUUGAACUGUUCUGUAACUAAUUUUUCCAUCAUUAAAAAAGAAGAGACUA